AUGGGCUCUGAUCAAGAAUUUCAACUCAAUGAGUUAAAGCAUGGAGAAGCACGUAUACUUUUUGAAAGAACAGUGGGGGACAGGGUUAACGACCUUGAAUUUAAGAUCUUGGUGGAUAAAGUGGUCGAGAAUUGUGGAGGCUUGCCUCUUUUGAUUCUCUCGGUGGCUAAAAGGUUGAAGCGUGGAAAUUUGCCUGAAUGGAGGGAUGCUUCGACCAAUAAAGAAGGGUCUGAUGUAAAAUCAAUAGUAGAACUUAAUUACAAUGACCUAAAAGAUGAGAGGAUCAAAGCAUUGUUCUUGGUUCAUGCUCUAUUCUCUCGAGAACUUUGGCAAAGGGAUACCCUUAUCUACUACAUGGGUUUGGGUUUAUAUAAAAAAUUCAGCAAGACCAUCGAAGUCGCUAGAGAUAGGUUGAUUAUGGAUCAACGUCGCCUACUUGACUCUUCUUUGUUGCUAGGCAGUGGUAAGCAGGACUAUUUGAGCAUGCAUGACUUAUUUAUUGAUGUGGCCAUCUCUAUGCAUGACAAAAUUAUUGACACGGAAUGGAACGCCUUGGUCGAGAGAAAGGAUUUUGGGUUUAAAGGAUGGUCAAAGUAUGAUCUCAGAAAAUGCACUGCAAUGUCCUUCGAUUGUGUUGACAUUGAUGAACUUCCUGAAAAAUUGGACUGCCCAAACAUGAUGAUUUUUCUAUUACUUGAACACAACCGAUCUCUCAAAGUGCCCGAGUCAUUUUUCGAAUCUAUGGAGAAGCUCCAAGUCUUGGACUUGACUGGCUUAUCUUUUACGUCUCUACCUUUGUCGAUGGAGUUCCUGGAAAAUCUCACGUCACUAUGUCUUGAUCAAUGCCAUCUGGAGGAUGUGACUGCUCUUGGAAAGCUGAAAGGAUUACAAUUCCUAAGUAUUAUCGGAUCUACAAUUGCUCGGCUUCCCAAAGAAAUGGGUGAACUAACAAAAUUGAGAUUUUUGGACCUUACAUGGUGUUUAACGCUCAAAGUUAUUGAACCUGGCAUGCUUGAAAGCUUGGUUAAUUUAUAA